CAGAUUGACAGUAACCACAUACAGUAAUAAGUAGUAGUAGUACUAAAUAAUGUCUUGCCAAAUAAGUUUAUUCAACUACAAUGGAUGUUAUAAAGGUGGUGACUCAAUAACUGGAGUAGUGCAAGCACAUUUCAACGGUGUCAAAGACAUAAGAGGUGUUAAAAUAAUUUUUAAAUGUGUGGAAUCGACAAGAUGGGUUGAACAUCGAACUCACCACAAUAAUAGAAGAAGAAGAACCGAAAGACAUAGUGUAACGUACACUGGACACAAUGAAAUCAUACGAAAUGAAAUAUGGUUACAUGGUGAAUGCCACAUUGGACCUGGCACCUUUAAGUGGCCCUUCACUUUCAACUUACCAAUGAACGUACCUUCAUCUUUUAAAGGAGAAUAUGGUGGUGUAGAGUACACGUUAAAGGCUAAAGUAGACAGACCAUAUAAAUCAGAUUAUGAAUUCAAAGCCACUAUAAUGGUAUUUUCUCCAAUCGAUUUCAAUGUUCUAUCACCAAGUUUUAGAGAACCUCGGCAAACAGGUACAGAAAAGACGCUUUGUUGCUUCUGCUGCAAAAGUGGCCACAUCAGUUUCGAAAUGUAUUUGGAGAAAUACGGCUUCGUGAUUGGUGAACACAUCAAUUUAAGGGUCCUUGUUACGAACCUUUCCUCCUCCAACAUAACCAAUCUGAAUUUCAAACUCAGCCAGAUAAUCGAGUCAAAGGUGACUCACCCAUCAACAAAAUGCAGGCACAACAAAAUGGUUCUAGCUAAAGUUACACGUCCGGGUGUCGGAGCUCAUGGACAAAAUGAAUUCAACGUACAACUCCCCGUACCCACUCACGUAAUAAUACCAAAUUUCCUGUUGUGCAACUUGUUUAAGGCGUCAUAUUCCCUUAAGGGGAGCUGCGAAAUUGACGGUUUCCACCAGGACUUAAAUCUGGAAAUGUUCCCCUUGAUUGGUCACAUCAAACACAGGCAGCCAACCGAUAUGCCUCAACCAUACGAGAUUCCACCGUGUCACUACUCUCAAGGAAGCACGACCCAAGGUUGGGUCUCCUCGGUUGUGAACGUAGGAGGUGACCCACAGCAACCUCCGCCAAUUGGUUUUGGGGAAACCAAGACUGUGUUGCCUCAACAUCCACCUGCAAUGCCCACGGCGCCGCAAGAUGAUUCUGUUGGUUUAGCUGGUCCGAGUACCCCUAAUUUGAACCCGCCUUCCUACAAGGAAUUAAUCGAUUUGUAAGUUAUAAAAGGGGUGUCGGAUGAGGGUGUUGUGAACAUAAAAAAAUAAACGCACUGAAGGUAUUUUUUAAUAAAUGGUUUUGUA